GCUAGCGAAGAGAGAGCAUCGCCAAGAAGAAGAUGGCAGAAGUAGCGCCCGCCGCCGCCGCUGAUGUUUCAGCCGCUCCUGCUUCGAAGGCUCCCGCGAAGAAGGCAGCCGCUGCAAAGGCUCGCAAGGCCUCCGGCCCCAGCGUCACGGAGCUUUUGACUCAAGCAGUCUCGGCUUCCAAGGAGCGCGGCGGAGUCUCCUUAGCCGCCCUCAAGAAGUCCCUAGCUGCCGCCGGUUACGACGUGGAGAAGAACAACAGCCGCAUCAAGCUGGGCCUGAAGAGCCUGGUGACCAAAGGGACGCUGGUGCAGACCAAGGGCACCGGCGCCUCGGGCUCCUUCAAGCUCAACAAGAGCAAGGCUGAAGGGAAAGAGAAGCCCGCCAAGAAGAAGCCCGCCGCCGCUUCCAAAGUGAAGAAGCCCGCCGCCAAGAAGGUCAGGAAGCCCAUCACAGCCAAGAAGCCUGCCAAAAAGGUGGCCAAGAAGCCCGCUUCGGCCAAGAAAGCGGCGGCGGCCAAGAGCCCCAAGAAGUCCAAAGUGACUAAGCCCAAGAAGACUAUCAAGAGCCCCGCCAAAGCAGUGAAGCCCAAAGCGAAGGCCAAGCCCAAGGCUUCCAAGUCCAAGGUCGCCCCUAAAAAGAAGUGAGCGCUUUAAGCCCAAGACGGAGGAGGAGGAGGCUCGUCCUUUACCACAACGGCUCUUUUAAGAGCCACCCAAAUGCUCGAUAUAAAAGAUGAAAUCACUUGGCA